GCGGUGACGGGGACAGAGGGCGAGCGGCGCCGCAGGCUCCGUGCUGCUACCUGGGCGCUGCUUCCUUCAUCUUGCCGGCGCUCGGCGGAGCGCGCAGCCCGGCCUGCCCCUCGUGGGGUGGAGCCCCGCCUCGCUCCGCCCCAACCCGGCUGCGGUGCCGCUGCCUCGGUGCUGGGCUCUGGUGCAGCAGUGCGAGCACGUGCGGCUUGCUUAGAGAGCGAAAAGAGUUGUUCAGAAACCCUCCUUUCUUUUAAUACGUUUGCAGCCUCCUGAAAUUCAGUUUUGCUAUGGUGAUGCAGUGUAACUUUCAGUUGCGCAGGCUCUCUUUGCCUUUCCGGACGUUUGCAAAGCCGCGUGUGAAUAAAGGGUUCCCCCGGCCUUCGUGCUGCAGUUCUGCCCGCUGUGAGCGAGUCUGCGGGCCGCAUCGCCCGCUGCGCUGAUGCCUUGUGUCAGCAACGUGCUUUUUGCACAGUGCACGCGCUGCUCCUGGGGCUCCGGCCCCGCUCGGUGUCCUGAUGCUUGCAACCUGCUUGGAAAGGGCCCCGUGCCCUGCAAAGCCUGCGGGGAGCCGCGAUUGAUUGAGGAUCAAGCAGAACAGUUCUUCAAAAGUGGACAUACAAAUAACUGGGCAGUUCUGGUGUGUACAUCUCGAUUCUGGUUUAAUUACCGUCACGUGGCAAACACUCUUUCAGUAUACAGAAGUGUCAAGAGAUUGGGCAUUCCUGACAGUCACAUUGUCCUGAUGCUGGCAGAUGAUAUGGCAUGUAAUCCCAGGAAUCCUAAACCAGCUACUGUGUUUAGUCAUAAAAACAUGGAGCUAAAUGUCUAUGGAGAUGAUGUGGAAGUGGAUUACAGAAGCUAUGAGGUUACUGUGGAAAAUUUCUUGCGUGUAUUAACAGGAAGAAUCCCACCAAGCACUCCCCGAUCUAAACGUCUUCUUUCUGAUGACAGAAGCAAUAUUUUAAUAUAUAUGACAGGCCAUGGUGGGAAUGGUUUCCUAAAAUUUCAAGAUUCUGAAGAAAUUACAAAUGUAGAACUUGCUGAUGCCUUUGAACAAAUGUGGCAGAAAAGAAGGUACAAUGAAUUGUUGUUUAUUAUUGAUACUUGUCAAGGAGCAUCCAUGUAUGAACGAUUUUAUUCACCUAAUAUAAUUGCCUUGGCUAGCAGCCAAGUAGGAGAAGAUUCUUUAUCACAUCAACCUGAUCUUGGGAUUGGUGUUCAUCUUAUGGACAGAUACACAUUUUACAUGUUAGAAUUCUUGGAAGAAGUUCAUCCAGCCAGUCAGACAAAUAUGAAUGACCUUUUUCAGGUCUGUCCAAAGAGUUUGUGUGUUUCAACUCCUGGGCAUCGAACCGAUCUCUUCCAGCGAGACCCUCAAAAUGUUCUGAUAACAGACUUCUUUGGCAGUGUAAGAAAAGUGGAAAUUACGACAGAGACAAUUUCUUUGGACCGUAAUUUAGCUGGCUUUGAAAGCGAGCUGCCAAAGGAUGUGUUGGCAACAGAACCACUUAAAUAUGCUGAUCAACUUCCUGUGGCUCAGAUAAUACACCAGAAACCAAAACCAAAGGACUGGCAUCCUCCUGGAGGAUUUAUUCUAGGACUGUGGGCACUGAUUAUCAUGGUUUUCUUCAAGACAUAUGGAAUCAAACACAUGAAGCACAUCUUCUGAAUUUGAGCAAGAUGAUUGCAUUGACUGCUACUUUGGAGUCACUGGUGUCAUCUGAGUUCUCUUUAUGUAUAUUAUGAUUGUAGUGAAAAACAGAGUUGGCAUCUCACUUCUAAGUGUUCUUUUGACAUCAUGUCUUCUCCCCUUUUUCUGAAGUCUAACGAAUGGUUAUUAUACUAGACAAAUCUUUUUUUUUUUUUCUUUUUUUUUUUUUUCUAUGCUUUCUUUUUGACCAUCUUCUCUUUCUGGUUAAAUUUAAAAAAAGAAGGUGAACCUAGACAUCUUAGCAGACUUUCUGAGGUAAUAAUCUAGAAAAAUAUAUAUUUUUUCCUGCUCUGUUAAAUACAACCCUUAGGUCAGUCCUUGUACCCUAGGCGAGUUUGGAUUUAGGAUUCUGAGCUGGUACAAGUAAAACAAAAAUAUGAUUACCUCACUGAAUCUACUUAAAAGAAAUGCCAAAAAGAGUGAAACUGUGAGAACACCGUGUCCACCAAGAGCAUGUCAUAGAUGUCAUCUUUUUAUUCCAUGUGACCUGGAUUUGGACGUUUUGGGGUUUUCAGUGCACUGGAUUUUUGCAUAAAGCAAAACUGACUCUAAGAUCAGGAUGAAAAAUGUUAUAAAUGGUAUUCUUGUAUUCAGUAAUUUCUGAGCGCUUGGAAGAUGAGAUUCAUAAUUUAGGUUUUGUAAAUUCCGUUCAGGCAUAUUGAUUUGUUCUUCUUGGACAUGUAAUGAUGAAUGCAUGCUAACUGUGUUUUGGCCGGGUAAUACACAGAUACUAAUAAAGAGAAGAGCAAAUUUCUGCAUGUAUAAAAACAGUAAGUACCAAGUAGGUGAUGCUCUUGCAGUAUGCAUUUGAAAUCUGUUCUCUCCCCUAAUCAUAAUAAAGCUGAUGCAUACGUGGUUUAAAGUU